GGUUUGACACGUAUGCUGUUUCAUUAGUUUCCGUAUUCGGAUAAAUGUCAGUUAACCGAUUGAAAUAUUUCGUUGCCGUUCGUUGUCGCACGACUCUCUCGUGAUCAGGUCAUAAGGCGGAUUUCUCUUGACGAAGUGUGAAAAAACAGCAAAAAUGAGCACGAUCGUCGAACAACCGUGCUACACUCUGAUAAACAUUCCAACCGAUUCAGAGCCAUUGAACGAACUCCAGUUGAAACAAGAUCUUGAGAAAGGCGAUGUUCAAACGAAAAUCGAGGCCCUCAAGAAAACCAUUCACAUGAUCCUGAGUGGAGAACGCUUGCCAGGACUUCUAAUGACUAUCAUCAGAUUUGUCUUGCCACUGCAGGAUCAUACGAUAAAGAAGCUGCUUUUAAUAUUCUGGGAAAUUGUUCCCAAAACUUCUCCUGAUGGAAAAUUGCUUCAAGAAAUGAUUUUAGUCUGCGAUGCUUAUAGAAAGGAUUUGCAGCAUCCAAAUGAAUUUGUCAGAGGUUCUACUUUGAGAUUUUUGUGCAAAUUAAAGGAACCAGAACUUCUGGAGCCUCUAAUGCCUGCAAUAAUUGCAUGCUUGGAGCAUAGACACUCUUAUGUAAGACGCAAUGCAGUUUUGGCUAUUUUUACAAUUUACAGAAACUUUGAGUUUCUCAUACCAGAUGCUCCAGAAUUAAUUGCAAACUAUUUGGAAGGGGAACAAGAUAUGUCUUGUAGGAGAAAUGCAUUUUUAAUGUUAUUACACGCUGACCAGAGCACAGCACUAGCUUAUUUAGCUGCUUGCUUAGACCAAGUGCCCAGUUUUGGUGAUAUACUACAAUUGGUUAUUGUUGAAUUAAUUUACAAGGUUUGCCUCGCAAAUCCGUCAGAGAGAGCUCGUUUUAUAAGAUGCAUUUACAGCUUGUUAAAUUCACCGAGUGCGGCUGUUCGCUAUGAAGCAGCGGGCACUUUGGUGACACUUUCCAGUGCUCCUACGGCGAUCAAAGCUGCUGCCUCUUGCUACAUUGAAUUGGUCGUAAAAGAAAGCGAUAAUAACGUUAAAUUAAUCGUACUAGAUCGUUUAAUUGCCAUGAAGGAUAGUCCUGUUUACGAAAGGGUCCUCCAAGAUCUCGUGAUGGAUGUACUUAGAGUUCUAGGCUCCCCGGCGUUGGAAGUUAGAACAAAAACCUUAGCUUUAGCGAUGGACUUGGUAACAACUCGCACAAUUGAAGAAAUGGUUCAAUUAUUGAGGAAAGAAGUGCUUAGAACAGCUGGUGGAGAACACGAAGAUGCUGGCAGAUAUCGUCAACUCCUCGUGCGAACAUUGCACGCCUGUUCUAUUAAAUUCUCAGAUGUGGCGGGUACGGUGAUUCCAGUACUAACAGAUUUCCUGUCAGAAAAUAACGAGGCCGCUGCUGCCGAUGUUUUAGUAUUCGUCCGCGAAGCUAUCCAGAGAUUCGAAAACCUCAGACCACUCAUUGUUGAAAAACUCCUUGAAGUAUUUCCACACAUAAGAUCAGUAAAAGUACACAGAGCAGCAUUAUGGAUUCUCGGUGAAUACGCAACAUCGAAGGAGGACAUAGAAGCUGUAAUGAGUCGCAUACGGGCUGCUCUGGGAGAACUACCAUUAUUAGAAGCGGAGAACAAACGUCAGGCUGGCGACAAAUCAGUGGAAGAUGGAAACGCUCAAGCUGCACCAGCACAGUUGGUCACAUCAGACGGAACAUAUGCUACUCAGAGUGCUUUUAGUGCGGCAUCUGCACGCAAGAAGGAAGAAAAACGUCCAGCGCUGGUCCAAUACAUGAUGGAGGGAGACUUCUUCAUAGGCGCCUCUCUAGCCACAACUUUAGCCAAAUUAGCACUUCGUUACAAGAACUUCGAAAGCGACCCGCAAAAGAGCAACCGUAUGCAAGCCGAAGCAAUGCUGGUGAUGUCUAGCGUGCUCCAAUUAGGUCGUUCAGGUCUUCCUACCAAGGCAAUGACACAUGACGACGCUGAACGAUUAUCUUUGUGUCUGAGAUCGCUAGCUUGUCCCAUACCACUUGUACAGAAUGUGUUCACUGAGGGAUGUCGCGAAGCUCUUGGCAGAAUGUUGGCAGCGAAAGUGGAAGAAGAUUCACAGAACCAAAAGGCGAAGGAGAAGCCUGGUAACAUUGUCCAGGUAGACGAUGCGAUACAGUUCCUGCAGUUGAGUCGUGGCUCAGACUUAACGGGUGGUGCUGGUGAUGUGUUCGAGCAAAGUUUAAGUGCUGCUGUCGCCGGAAGACCUGGUGCUACUGGAGACGCCCCAGCUCCUAGUGCUUUAAGCAAAGUUACUCAGUUAACCGGAUUUUCGGAUCCAGUAUACGCAGAAGCCCUCGUCCACGUUAAUCAGUACGAUAUCGUGCUCGAUGUAUUAAUUGUUAACCAAACCGAAGAUACUUUGCAAAAUUGUACUUUGGAGCUUGCCACGAUGGGUGAUCUGAAGCUUGUGGAGAGACCUCAGCCUAUCGUUCUUGCUCCUCGCGACUUUGCAAGCAUUAAGGCGAACGUGAAAGUAGCGUCGACGGAGAAUGGCAUAAUAUUUGGAAAUAUAGUUUAUGAUGUAUCUGGCGCGGGGUCUGACAGAAGUGUAGUUGUACUGAACGAUAUACAUAUCGAUAUCAUGGAUUAUAUAGUGCCAGCGACGUGUACCGACUUAGAGUUCAGGCAAAUGUGGGCAGAGUUCGAAUGGGAGAACAAGGUGUCAGUAAAUACAACACUGUCAGACUUGAGAGAAUAUCUUGCACAUCUAUUGAAAUCCACGAACAUGCGUUGUCUUACUCCAGAAAAGGCACUUUCUGGGCAAUGUGGUUUCAUGGCCGCGAACAUGUACGCGAAAUCGAUAUUCGGUGAGGAUGCGUUGGCGAAUAUGUCCAUCGAGAAACCACUGAACAAACCUGACGCGCCAGUGGUUGGCCAUAUUCGUAUCAGGGCGAAGAGCCAAGGCAUGGCAUUGUCAUUAGGCGAUAAGAUCAAUUCCACGCAGAAAGGUCCACAGAGCAAAGUGGUGCAAGCCGCUUAGAACGUGUAGUCCUUCGAUCUAU